AUGCAAACAUUACUUUUACUUACAAUAUAUAUUUUCAAUGCAAUUAAUUUCUUAUAUCUAUCAAAUGCUUCCCUCAUACCUAAUUUUAUGAAUGCAAAAGUACAAGAAAAUUGUACAGAAAAAUAUGGCAGUCCACCAGCUGAACGUGUUGUUACAUUGGAUACAGGUUUUAUAUUUUUCAAUUUAUGUGGGAAUAUAUCAGAUUUUAUUACUACAUUUAAUUUUACUGAUUCUAAUGGUGAUGUACGUGGAGCCUGUUUUAUAACUGCACAGUCAAAACAACCAUUGCCUCUACUUGUUUGGUUACAUCCAGCUAUGUUUCCAACAUCAUCAAUAUCUCUAACAGGACUUCUCCAACAAGCAGAUAAAGCUAAUUUAACAGGUACAUCUGAUGGACCAUUAGGCUAUCAUAUACUUAUGCCAUAUGGUCGUAGUACAACUCAUAUUUAUCCAGCACCAGCUGAUCAAGGCAUCGGAUGGGACAAUUGGUAUCGAAAUUAUAAUCGAUCUGAUCCAGCUUUAAAUGUCGAUGUUCAAGCAAUUGAUUAUUCCAUAAAUAAAGUUCUAACUACUCAGUCUGAUGAUUAUCAAAUUGACAAAUCACGUGUAUUUUUAUCUGGUUGGAGUAAUGGUGCAGCAAUGGCAGUUAUAUAUGCACUAAACACACCCGGUAUUGCGGCAGCAGCUGUUUACUCUCCACCAGACCCUUAUCGAGAUUAUAAUGAUUUAUGUGCUCAGGACCCGUAUCCAACUGAUUUUACACCCAUACUUCUCUUAUAUAAUCAAUGUGAUGUCAUAAAUAUUUGUGUAACUGGAGUAAAUUUUAUCGAAGAUUUAAACAAUCGCUACUGUGAUUUAACUGCUGAAGCUGUUAUUAUUGAUUCUGAUCUUCAAAGAACGUCGGAAUGUGAUAAAAGUUGUACUGCUGAAUUUGGUAUAGGUUUGCUUCGACACACUAGAUGGCCAAGCUCUUGCAAUGAUGAUGUUUUAUUUGACUUUUUUAGAAAACAUCCAUUAGUUGAAUAUUCGUUUAAGAAUCAACAUAAAUAA